AGCUCUUUGAAAAAACGCGUGAUAUUUGUAGUAAAUAGAAUUGAAGAACAUAAAAACAGAAUCAUCAGAAGGACUUAUAAACCCUAAAUCCCUAAUACAAUCCUUCUUCUCUUACUCAUCUCGAUUGAUUUCACAGUUUUGCAAUGGAUGACCUUUUGAGAGCAGUUAAGGCAACAAAGGAUAUUAAAGAUGACAUUCCAUCUCAAAUAGAAGAGGGUCUUUAUUUGGGUUCACUUGAAGCUGCCAAUAACAAGACCCUUUUGAAAAGUUUAAACAUUACUCACAUUUUAACUGUUGCCUCUUCAUUUCCACCUGCAUACCCAAAUGAUUUCACUUACAAAACUCUUGAUGUACACGACAGAGCAGACGUAAAUAUUGCACAAUACUUUGAUGACUGUUUUGGUUUCAUCAAUGAAGCUAAAAGAACGGGUAGCGUGUUGGUUCAUUGCUUUGCAGGAAGAUCUAGAAGUGCGACUGUUGUUGUGGCCUAUUUGAUGAAGACACAUGGCAUGCGCUCAUCUAAAGCGUUGAACCUUGUGAAAAGUAAACGAAGCGUGGUUGCGCCCAACGCUGGUUUCAUAUUGCAGCUGCAAAGUUAUGAGAAAUCUCUUCCAGGAAUUGGAGCGCGUACAGAUUCUUGGUGGCAAUUUGCCUUUGGAUCUUGGCUCCGCUUCAGUUGAUCUGGUUGAAGAUGACGAUGAGUUCGAAGAAUUGAUGGGAAGGAAUUUUUAGUUAGCUUAACAUUACUAAGUACUGAUUCUUCUUUUUGCACUAAUUGAUAUAUCAGUUGUUGAAUGAACAAUUUAUGUACUCAAAGGUAUGCAACAUUUGACUUUCUUUA